AUGUACAGCACCAGCAAGUGUGACCUGGAGGAGGUCCCCCUGGAUGACGAUGACCCAAACAGCAUCGAGUUCAAAAUCCUGGCCUACUACACCAGACACCACAUCUUCAAGGGCCCCCAGGCCGUCUCCUCGCCAAAGCCACUGAGAGCAAGGAGCUGGUCCCAGAAGGGGCUGGGGAGCUGGACCACUAAUGAGUCGUGGACACAGGUGUCAUGGCCUUGCCGAAGUUCCCAGUCCAGUGAGAAGCCCAUAAACCUUGCCAAGAAAAAGUCUUCCUGGAAAGCAUUCUUUGGAGUGGUGGAGAAGGAGGAAGAUGUGCAGAGCUCGCCUCCUGAGGCCCUUUCUCCGAGAACAGCAGAAUUCCUGGUUCCUUACUGUCAGUUGGGGUCCCAGACCCAGUCUGAUGAGGAGCAGUUCUUGGAGCAGCAAGCUGUGGACCCCAAAGUUGUUUCCAUUGCCAACCGAGUUGCUGAAAUUGUGUAUUCCUGGCCACCACUAGAAGAAACCCAGGCAGGAGUCUGCAAGCCCAAAGAGAGUUUUGUACCACUGGUUCCUGGACUCCAGCUCGAGGGCCUGUCUAUACCUUCAAGUUCUAAGAAAGAUGAAGAAGACCAAAUCAUAGCCAAAAUUGUGGAGCUGCUGAAAUAUUCAGGAGAUCAGAUGGAGAGAGAGCUGAAGAAAGACAAGGCUUUGAUGAGCUGCUUCCAGGACGGGCUGCCCUACUCCAUGUUCAAGACCAUCAUAGACCAGUCCCUGAGGGGCGUGGACACCAGGGGAGAAUCAGAGGUCAAAGCUCAGGGCUUUAAGGCUGCCCUUGCAAUAGACGUCACAGCCAAGCUCACAGCUAUUGACAACCACCCAAUGAACAGGGUGCUGGGCUUCGGAGCCAAGUACCUGAAAGAGAACUUCUCGCCCUGGAUUCAGCAACAUGGUGGCUGGGAAAAAAUACUUGGGAUCUCACAUGAAGAAGUAGACUGAAAUAUCGGAUUUGCCAUCAGGAA